UCCUCUUUGCUCUGUGCGUGUGCGUGUGUGUGUGUGUGUGUGUGUGUGUGCGCGUGCGUGCGUGCUUGUGUGUGUGUGUGUGUGUGUGCGUGCAUGUGUGUGUGUGUGUGCGCGCGCGCGUGUGUGUGUGUGUGCAGCCUCGAUCUUUGCCUCGCUCUGUGCCUGUGCCUGUGCGUGUGUGUGUGUGCGUGUGUGUGUGUGUGUGUGUGUGUGUGUGUGACAGAGCGAGCGAGAGAGAGCGCGAGAGGAGAGAGCGAGCGAGCGAGAGCGAGCCGGGGAGCGAGCCGCGAGCUGUGCAGCCGCCGCCGCUGCCCUUUGAUCCCCACAUUAGUGUUAGGGGCUCGGAGCCACCGCGCGCGGCCGGAGCCACCGCCGCACCGGCUCAUUUAUUUAUCCCUCCCAUCCGACACGCGAGCCCGGGACGCACACACACUCACACCUAGCCGCGCCGUUUCCAUUGAAGAAUAUUCACGCUCGGGGACCAGCCAGGUGCACGACCAAAAAAAAAAAAAAUUUUUUUUUUGAAAAAAAAAAAGAAAAGAAAAGAAAGGAAAGGAAAGAGAGGAGGAAAAAAGAGAGAGAGAGAGAGAGAAAGAAGAAGAAAACCCCCCUCUUCUCCGGGGCUCCAGGAAACCAGCUCCAAGCCAUUGCACACACCGGCGAGAAGGGGUUUCCCCCGGCCUGCCCGCCCGCCCCCCAACUCCCUCCCCUCUCCUGCCAGUGUCUGCCUCUCUGCCCCCACGGGGGUUUAUUUGAUCUCACAUUAACCAAGGAGGAGAAUGUGAGAAAAGGGGGAAAAUGCCCAGGAGGAAGCAGGAGCAGCCCAAGCGCCUUCCCUCACAUGUUAGUAGGCAGGACGAGGCGGAGGGCGAACUCAGCGAGGGAGAGCCGUGGUAUGGGAACUCCUCGGAGACCCCCUCGGAGGCAUCCUAUGGAGAAGUCCAGGAGAACUACAAGCUGUCGCUGGAGGACCGCAUCCACGAGCAGUCCACGUCGCCCGACACCUCCCUGGGGAGCGCCACCCCCAGCAGCCACACCCUGGAGCUGGUGGCGCUGGACGGCGAGGUGCUGCGCGACUCCCUGCAGUGUCCGGGCCACCUGUCACCCAGCGUGUCCUCCCUGUGCGACGACGACCCCCCGGGCGCCACCAAGCCCCUGAGCAGUAACCUGAGGCGGCUGCUGGAGGCCGGCUCCCUCAAGCUCGAUGCCGCGGGCGCCCCGGCCAACGGCAGGGCCGAGUCCCCGGUCGCCGUGGGCGCGAACCUCUCCUUUUCCCCGCCGUCCCACCAUGCCCAGCAGCUCAGCGUCCUGGCCAGGAAGCUGGCUGAGAAGCAGGACCCGAACGACCAAUACCCUCCAAGUAACCGUUUUAUCUGGAAUCAAGGUAAGUGGUUGCCUAACUCAACCACCACCUGCGGCUUGUCCCCGGAUUCCGCCAUCCUCAAACUGAAGGCCGCAGCCAAUGCCGUUCUGCAGGACAAGUCUCUCGCCAGGACGGAGGAGACCAUGCGAUUUGAGUCCUUUUCCUCCCCUUUUAGCGCCCAGUCCGCCAGUUCCACGCUGGCGGCCCUGUCCAAGAAAGUCAGUGAGCGAAGCUCGACUCCCGGGCAGGAGCACCUCCCUCCGGCCAGCUCCUUCCUCUCCCUGGCGUCCAUGACCUCCUCGGCGGCCCUGCUCAAAGAGGUGGCAGCCAGGGCCGCGGGCACGCUGCUGGCCGAGAAGUCGUCCCUGGUGCCCGAGGACGCCCUGCCGCCAGCGCCUUCGGAGAAGAAGCCGGAGAAAGUCAGCCCGCCGCCCCCACCGCCACCGCCGCCGCCGCAGUCCCUGGAGUUACUGCUACUCCCCGUCCCCAAGGGAAGAGUUUCCAAACCCUCCAACUCAGCCUCAGAAGAGGAGAGCGGGAAGCCUUUCCAGUGCCCCAUCUGCGGCCUGGUCAUCAAAAGGAAGAGCUACUGGAAGCGACACAUGGUGAUCCACACGGGGCUCAAGAGCCAUCAGUGUCCGCUCUGCCCUUUCCGCUGUGCUCGCAAGGACAAUCUCAAAUCCCACAUGAAGGUCCAUCAGCACCAGGACCGGGGGGAGACCUUCCAGUGCCAACUCUGCCCCUUCACCUCCUCGCGCCACUUCAGCCUCAAGCUCCACAUGCGUUGCCAUCAGCACUUCCUGAGGACAGAAGCCAAGGUGAAGGAGGAGAUCCCAGACCCAGAUGUCAAGGGUUCGCCCCACCUCAGUGACAGUGCCUGCCUGGGGCAGCAGAGGGAAGGAGCAGGGACAGAGCCCGAGAGGACUAGCCAGGGUGGGGCUGGCGUCUCGCCCGUGCUGGUGAAGGAGGAGCCCAAGGAAGAUAACGGCCUGCCAGCCUCCUUCCCCCUGACCGCAGCCGACAGGCCAGCCAAGCACACAAAGCUGAAAGAGCCGCCCGAGUGUGUGGCCAGCAGUGCGGCCGCCUUGUUCAGCCAGGACAUCUCUGUUAAGAUGGCGUCUGAUUUUCUCAUGAAGCUGUCAGCUGCAAAUCAGAAGGAGCCCAUGAACCUUCAUUUCAAAGUGAAAGAGGAGCCCAAGGACGAGGAGGCACUGGGUGCCACCGUGUCCCGGUCCAGCUACGUGUUCAGUCCAGAAGCAGAUGUGCCGGCCCCAGGCAUCGCUGAGGACACGCUGAAGGCCCAGGAGGGGAAGGGGAAUGUCCUAAGGCGGGAUAUGUCCGUCAAAGCAGCAUCAGAACUUCUCAUGAAGUUAUCAGCGGAAAGCUUCAAGGAGACGCAGAUGGUGAGGAUCAAAGAGGAGCCCAUGGAGGUUGACAUCCAGGACGCGUACGUCUCCGUCUCACCCAGCCGGAAUGUUGGCUACAGCACUUUAAUCGGGCGAGAGAAAGCCGAGCCCCUCCAGAAGGGACCAGAGGGCAGAGUGCCUCCGGAGAGGAACCUCUUCAGCCAGGACAUCUCGGUGAAGAUGGCCUCGGAGCUGCUCUUCCAGCUGUCAGAAAAAGUGAGCAAAGAACACAAUCACACGAAAGAAAACACCAUCCAGACCACUACCAGCCCUUUCUUUUCAGAAGAUACAUUUAGACAAUCACCAUUCACCUCCAAUUCAAAAGACCUGCUGCCCAGUGACCCUCUCCUCCCGGGAAGAAUAUCAGCGCCAGAAACGGAGAAGAUCGUGCUGGAGGCUGGCAAUGGGUUACCGUCCUGGAAAUUCAACGACCAGCUCUUCCCCUGUGACGUGUGUGGGAAAGUGUUCGGCCGGCAGCAGACGCUGUCCCGGCAUCUCUCGCUGCACACAGAGGAAAGAAAAUACAAAUGCCACUUGUGCCCGUAUGCUGCUAAGUGCCGUGCGAACCUCAACCAGCACCUGACGGUGCACUCCGUGAAGCUGGUCAGCACGGACACCGAGGACCUGGUCAGCGCCGUCACCUCCGAAGGCGGGGAUGGGAAGAAGCACCCCUACUACUACAGCUGCCAUGUGUGUGGGUUCGAGACGGAGCUCAACGUGCAGUUCGUCAGCCACAUGUCACUGCACGUGGACAAGGAGCAGUGGAUGUUCUCCAUCUGCUGCACGGCCUGCGACUUCGUCACCAUGGAGGAGGCCGAGAUCAAGACACACAUUGGCACCAAGCACACAGGGGAAGACAGGAAGACGCCCAGCGAAUCCAACAGCCCCUCCUCAUCCUCGCUGUCCGCUCUGAGCGACUCGGCCAACAGCAAGGAUGACUCCGACAGCUCCCAGAAGAACAAGGGCGGGAGCAACCUGCUGGUCAUCUCCGUGGUGCCCGGGAGCCAGCCUUCCCUGAACAGUGAGGAGAAGCCAGAGAAAGGGUUCGAGUGCGUUUUCUGCAACUUUGUCUGCAAGACGAAGAACAUGUUUGAGCGCCACCUGCAGAUCCACCUCAUCACCCGGAUGUUCGAGUGUGACGUGUGCCACAAGUUCAUGAAGACCCCCGAGCAGCUGCUGGAGCAUAAGAAAUGCCACACUGUCCCCACUGGUGGGCUCAAGUGCCCAUUCUGCAUUUACUCCACCAACCGCCCCGCUGCCAUGGAGUGUCACCUCAAGACCCACUACAAGAUGGAGUACAAGUGCCGGAUCUGCCAGACGGUGAAGGCCAACCAGCUGGAGCUGGAGACGCACACGCGCGAGCACCGCCUGGGCAACCACUACAAGUGCGAGCAGUGCGGCUACCUGUCCAAGACGGCCAACAAGCUGAUCGAGCACGUGCGCGUGCACACCGGGGAGCGGCCCUUCCACUGUGACCAGUGCAGCUACAGCUGUAAGCGCAAGGACAAUCUCAACCUGCACAAGAAGCUGAAGCACGCGCCGCGCCAGACCUUCAGCUGCGAAGAGUGCCUCUUCAAGACCACCCACCCCUUCGUCUUCAGCCGCCACGUCAAGAAGCACCAGAGCGGGGACGGCCCCGAGGAGGACAAGAAGGCCCGGGGCCCCGCGCCGCCUCCGCCCCGGGAGCCCGCCGGCCCCGGCGCCCCGCUCCUCGUGGUCAGCAGCUCCCGGGACCUGCUGUCUCCCCUCUCGGUCAUGUCGGCCUCCCAGGCCCUGCAGACCGUGGCCUUGACCGCUGCCCACGGCAGCGCCUCGGAACCCAGCCUGGCACUCAAGGCUCUGACCUUCGGCGGCCCCCCCUUGCGCCUCGACAAGUACCGGAACUCGGAUUUUGCCCACCUCAUUCCCUUGACCACGUUGUACCCCAAGAACCACGUGGACGUCACAUUCCACCCUCCCCGCCCGCAGACUGCGCCCCCCAGCAUCCCCUCCCCCAAGCACUCCUUCCUGGCCUACCUGGGACUCAGAGAACGAGCAGGGACUGUCUGAGGGCCGCGCUGCUCUCUACCAAAAACCAAGGGACAGACACGAACACGAAACCCACCCGCGAAACUUAACGCGCCCCGCCCGCCGGCAGGUGUUUGUUGCUGCAAAACCCCAGGCCCGCCCCGCCCGAACACGCGCGUCCCCGUCCGUCCGUCCUGCCCACGCGGGCGUCUGUCCUGCGGGGGCGGGCGGGCGGGCGGGCGGCGCCGCGUAUGCCUGAUGCAUCCACCCGAAAGCUGCUUUCUCCUCCGAUCUGCAAGAGGUGACCGUCGCGCUGUCCCCCCUUCCCCGCGAGGCAUGCCCACCCCAGCCUGCCCCGGGCCCCCACGCCCGGCCCGGCCCCCCGCGGCUCUCGCCGAGGAGCCUGCACUGGUUCUGCCCGAGCGCGCGCGCCCUUCCCAGCGUGUCCUUUCCUGCGGGCCUGCGGGGGUGCGCGCGCGCGAGUGAGGGUCCCCCAGGGGCGCGUUGUAUGUCGGACGCAUGUGCUUUUUGUCCUGGCGCCGGCGAUGGUUGCACUUGCCCCCCUCCCCCCUCCCUCACACACACACGGGAUGGGAGGUGUCCAUCGCCCCCUGUCCCCCUCUCUCUGCACACCCGCAUCACCAUCCCCCCUGCGCUCUGGCUACCCAGUGGUUAGGGCCGGGAGCUGCGGCCGCCCCUGCGGAGCGGGUACACACUCUCCCGGGCUGCCCAAGAUUUCCACCAGAGCCCUCUCCCCGCCCCGCCCCGCCCCGCCCCCGCCCCGGGAGCCUGGGCGCGCCCCCGGCGCCGACCCCGGGAGAAAGCUCUCGCAGCGCUGCAGCCAACACCCCCCUACACCUAAGCCUGUCGUUCUGUGUGUUUGCCCGCGCGUAUGCAAUGCCUGCGGUACACACCAGGGUGCGCCAUUCUGAAGGGCAGUUGAUCUAUCUCUAUACAUCAGCUCACACACACACACACACACACACACACACACACACACACACACGUGAUGUGUCAGUUCAGCGGUUACCAUUUGUUUGCAGGAAAAAAAAAUUAAUUGUAUGAGUGAAAAAAAAAUUUUUAUGCUUGAUAAGUCCAGCCAAGGAGAUUAAAAAAGGGGUUUGGCUAAAAUUCUGGGUAUAAAUGCUCAGACUAAAAAAACAAAAAAAAAAAUAUAAUGGCGGUUUUGCACAGUGCUUUGGUCUUGCACUACUUUCUGUUUCUCAUCUGCAAAAAAAAAAAAAAGAAAAAAAAAGAAAAAUUAACGGAAAUGUACCUUUUCUAUGAAAUGAGUAGACUGUAUGUUUGCAAAUGUAGUCACAAACUCUUUGACAUUUAACGACCCAACACAAAGGUGCUGUUUUGUCCUACGGUUCAGUUUAUUACCCAUUGUGUUUGCAGACUGUCUGGCCAGCACGGUAUUCUCUCCAUGUUAUGAAUAAUUCUGUAUUCCACUUUGUUAACGCCUGGUAGAUAUAACCUGCUAGGAGGCUAACUUUAUACUUAUUUAAAGCUCUUAUUUUGUGGUCAUUAAAAUGGCAAUUUAUGUGCAGCACUUUAUUGCAGCAAGCAGGUGUGGAUUGGUCACGCAGCCUUUGCUGAUUUUUUUACCCAGUGACGGUGGCGGGGGUGAGGAGGGGAGGAGCCGGAUGGCGUUGGGCUGAGUGUGCCCAUUGCUUGUAUUUUUAAGACAGCGGAAUUUCCAGUACGAAACAGGUCAAAAGAGCAGGAAGAAAUGUGCUUUGUAUCAUAGUGGGACGUUCGGGAUAUCAAAGUCUAUAUAUUAUUUAUCUACGGAAGAGCUGGUAUAGGGGAGCGAUGCUUUCUUACCGCCAGGCUCUCUGCCAGCCCGCGUACUCUAUAGAGUUGGGAUUUUUAUUUUUCCAUCCGUUUCACCGGGAUGGGGGGGGGGCGAGGGGGAGGGGAGGAAAGCAUCCCUCCUUUCCUUCCCCUCCGCCACACGUUGCUCCCCUGAAAGCGCCCCCUCUAACCCGGUGCCCGGAAGCGCCAAGACCCUACCCCCCGCUCCCCACCUCACCUGCUCUCCUUCUCCCGGACCUCGCGGUGUGCAUGACCCCCCCUGCCAGCCGGCCAGCCCUGGCAAACCUGUUUACACUCAGGAGACGUCCCCAGGGGACAGGGCGGCUGAGCUGCGGGGCGGGGUCCUGAGCCCUCCUCUUUCUCCAGCUGAGACACCUGUCGUUGACCCGAACAAAUGAACAUCCUUGGACCUGGUCGUUGUCCCAGACACUAGCCAGUUACCAGACACUACCACACUCCAAGAAUCCCAGCCCCUGGGCGGGUGACUUUUAUUUCUUUCCGUUUUUUUGUUUGUUUGUUUUUUCUUUUCCUCCCCGCCCCCCCCCCCAACACAUAAGUCGUGUCUUUGUCUCCAUAGAAUGGAAAAAAAAAAGUGCCACUUGGCUCCUCUGUGCUCUCAAAAAUACUAGCUCAGUGUGCUGAUAGCAAAGAGGGCCAGGGCGACCCUUCCCCCCCUUCACCUGGGCCCAGCAGCAAAGACCCGGGGGCGUGGCCAGGAGCAGCGCGGGUCAAACCCUGCCCCAUGGCAGCGACAGACUUCGCUGCACAGCGUCUGUGCAAUACCCAGGCCCGAGGCCGACACGGCCCAGGUGGAGAGGGGCGCGCGGACGGACUGCACAAUGCCUUCAUGCAUUUCACUGCUUCCUGCAACUGGGCAAGUCUAGCAGCGCUUUGGAAAGAGUCCUCCAUCUUUCCGGUAAAUUAUAAAACGUUUUCUGAGUGAGAAAAGGUGUGUUUGGAGUUUGUUUGACUUUUUUAUAUUAUUAUUAUUAUUAAUAAAGAGGAAAAAAAACUACAGCAUUUUUUUUUCAGACGCCACCAAGAUAAAAUAUGUACCCCUGAAUACGGUUUGCAGUUGGAUACUCAGGGAAGGAUGUAUUCCAUAGCUAUCCUUUCCGUGGAAAACACUCUUGUCUUCAAGAAAUUCACCGGCCAACUCACUUGGGUUCUGUUCUCACUAUGCAUUCUCCGAGGAAAGCGAGCUUAUUUUUCCAUGUAGUGAUGCAGUUCGCGUUCUCAGCACUUUCCUCCUCUCUCCUUGUUUUUUUUUUAACUCUCCAUAUUGUGUUCAGAGGAUCAUACUGUCGAGGUCUGUGUACAUUACUGAAAAAUUUGUAUUGUAUAAAGCUUUUUGCAUUACAAGGCUGUACAGGGUCAUUUUGACAGUAACUGCAUCUUAUGUCGCAUUGCCAAUUUCUAGUGUAUCCAGUUUGGAAGUAUAAUAUACUCUAAUUAAAAAAAAAACAAAAAGGUUGGCUAUA